AAGACUCCGUCUAUGUAUUUUGUAUGUCUAUGGUUCUGCCAUUUUGUACGACCGGUAUGUGACUUUAAUGUUUUAUCUCUCCUUGCGCACACACAAAAAUCGCGCGGUAAAAUUCACGAUCAAUUUUUUUCCUCGUGCUAUUUUGGCGGAACGAUCAAUUGGUGAGAGAUUUAGAUCCACGUCGUCGUAUUUUGUUUGCAAAGAGAAAUUAAGGAUACAAUGAAGUUUCCAAGUUGAAGACGGAGUUUCCAGAGAUUGGAUAUAUAUUCGCAAUUGAACUUGCUUCUUCUAACAACGCAAUUAGUAGUGUUCACACAAUCGCUGCUCUUGUUAGUGUGAACACAUAAAAAUUGCGUAGAUCAACGAGGAUGUUCCUUAUUAUCACCCCUCGUUGAUCUCUAUACGAUUUUUACACCGGACGGUCAUUGAAGAUGUAUUUGCAAAGAUGUAUUAUUCUGUAAAUAGUUGCUUGUAAAAGAACGUAAAAUAGCUGUGGUAUAACAAUCUCGUCGCUGAUCACAAGUUUCGAUUCAAUUUGUUGGAGAGUUUAUUGACUUCUUUUUUCUUUCUUUUUUUAUAUGAAAUUAGUUGCAGCUCUCAAUCGGCAUCUUGCAUUGCAAUCAUGUCAUCAAAGAAAGAGGUCAGAGCAACUGCACAGGAACUUGCUUAUCGUGAGAAGCAUUUUCAUGAUAUUAGAGUCGUUAAAGAUAAACAAAUAGCAUGUACUUCAUGUGGCAAUGAAUUGAGUAUCGAGUCAAAUAAAAUUUUCUCUCAUCCAUUGAUGGGAAUAUUACAAUGCGAGACAUGUUGGAAUCAUUUUAAAGAAGUAUAUGCUGCAUUCGAAGAUGAAGAUGAUGAUGAUUUUCAGAAAUAUUGUCACAUAUGUGGUGACGACAAGAAAUUAUAUGAAUGUGGUAAUAAAGACUGCGUCACAGCAUUCUGUAAGAAAUGCAUAAAAAGAAAUGCAACAAUGUCACUAUUGAAUGCCGAAGAGAAGGAAUGGAAAUGUUUCAUAUGUAAUCCUAAACCGAUCUGGAACCUUAGAGCAGUAUGCGCUGCUGUAAUGGACACUUUUAACGAAAGUGACAAGGAUAUUUCCACAAAUAGAGCGUCAAAUAUAUCUGAGAAUCUUUCGAAGAAUACUACACAACAAGGUAGAAAGAAGGAUGCUAAUUCUUCUGAUGCAAAAUCGACUAAGAACAAGGCGAAAAAGCAUCAGGAUUCAGCUAGUGAAUCUGAAGAUGAAGAUAUAAGGUAUAAAAAACAGAACAGCAAAAGGCUUUCCACAAACCGCAUUAUGUCACAUAAUAAUAACGAGGAAAAGAAGCGAAAAAAAAAAAAAUACGACAUGUCAUCAAAGAAGCAUCUUUCCAAUAUUCAGGAAGAUGAAUCAGAUGCCAGUUCCAGCAAAGAAUUUCAGAAGAUAAAACUUCAAAAGGUGAAUCACAAUAAAUACUCUAUGAGACGAUUGGCAGAUUUAGAAAUAGAUUAUACUAAGUCCCCUAUUGAAGAAAAUUCUGCAUUUGAAAGCAAAGAAAAUAUUAAUGACCAAUCAGAUAUGAACCUUGAUAAUGCGAAAGAAUUUGUAAGUGACUGUAAAGGAAUAGUCUCAAAUUUUCAAAAGUAUAUAAACUCUGUGGAGCAAUUAUAUGGCAAAAAGGAUGAAGAGGAGUUUAUGCUGAGAAUGAUAGAGAAAAUUAAUAAAUUGUGGCCGAGUUUGCAAAAAGUACAGAAGAAUUUAACGACAUUCUAUCAGUCUAAAAGUUCUAAGAAUAGAAAAAGUUCAGUUAUCAGGAGAUUACCCAAAGAAGUUAACGACGAUGAACAAUCUUCAGAAGAAACUAACAUAUAUGAAAAACGUGCAACGAGCCAGAACAAGAUUUGCAACUCCGGAAACGAACAAGAUGGAAGUAAGAAUGUAUCCGAGUGCGACAGUGAAAUAUUUUCAGGGGACGAAUCGAGAACAUUACAGAAGAUACAGAUAAUUCAGGACAAAGAAGAUACAUCAAAUACAGAAAAUAAUGUAAAUGUUAAUGACAAUAAAAGCGAUGGAGAUAAAGAGUUGAUAGAUUCGUCAAGGGAUGAAGAUAAUGCGGAUAAAAAUAUGGAUUUGCAAAAUAAUUUGUCCAGUUCCCCAGUGCUAAGCGCAUCAACAGAGAAAAAGAAAAGAAGCGCAGAACGGCCGAUUAAAAAGCAACUAUUUUCAGAAAUUACCAAUAAUGAGACAUCAUUAACAGAUAAAGAUACUGAUUCUAACGAUAAACAGGCUAAAUCAGAUACUGACGUUCCUGGUAACGAAAUUGAGAUUGAAGAUUCUCCUUUGAGAAAUGGCAAUCGAAAGAUGAUGUCACAAAAUAUCGGGCAAGACGAUUCUGCGAACACAAAGGAUAUAAUCAAUGAAUCGAUGGAUCUGUUUGAUGCAUCUUAUCAUGAUAUUCCCAAGGCUGCUGAAGAGAAUGAAACUGAAACACAAGAAACGGCUGUAGAAACGAAUUGUGAUGAUCCAAAAUCUUCAUCCAAAAUUAAACCAUUGGAUAAUUCUUUGCAAGAUAGAGUUUUAAGCGAAAACGAUAGGACAUCUCUUUCAUUUCAUGAUAAUGAAGAGGAGAAUUUAUUGGAUCAGGAUAAUCAAAAGAAAUUGGCAUCUGUAUCUGCAACUAGCGAGAAAAUUCAUGAUAAUGUGGAAGAACUCGAUAUAUCCGGAAAAACUAACACCGACGAUAUUGAAUCUCUCGAUGAUGCUGAAGCACUCGCGAAGAAAUCUCUCCUAGAAUCAGAUUCUGAUUUGGAUAACAUAUUAGACGUUGUAAAUGUAGCUACUAAAUCAAUUGAAGGCUUAAUCACAGAUGAUGAUCGAACCGGAAAGGAUAACGAAGCGGAAGACAAUGAUGUUGACGUCAAUAGCACCAGCACAUUGAUAUUAUCGUCAUUUCUAAAAAAGAUUAAUACUAACGUUGAAGCUAAGGCUGAAGUCGAGAACAAGAGUGGCAAUCAACAAACAGAUGAGAAGUCUCCCGAAGAAACCGGUUCUUUGAAUGAUGAUGCCAAGGCAGAAGAAGCUGCCAAGAAAGCUCUCUUAGAAUCAAAUUCGGACGAGUCUACAAUUUUAUCAUCGUCAGAUUCUGGAGAGAAUGAAAACAAGAAAACCGAAUCAAAUUCUUCCAGAGAGAAUGCCAAAUCGAAACAGGCUCUUUUAGCAUCUUCUAACACUGAAAGUUCCAGUUCCGAGCCAACUGUAUCCAAUAUAGAAGUUUUGAGUCGCCUCUCAAAGGACUUAAAUAAUUCUAAACGUAAUCACGAACUCGAGAGUGAUGGGGACUCAAUAGUCUCUAGAAUGAAAAGGAAAAGACUUAAACUCAGCAAAAGUCAUCACCAUUGGAACGAUAAGAAAUUGAGAAUGCUUUGCGAAGUUCGUUUAAAGCGAUUGAGCAGAAAAAAUCUUAGACGUUAUUCUCAUGCGUUACAAAAGUCAAGAGAAUAUCUGGAACAAAAGAAACUCAAAAGUCUUGUUAAUCUGGAUAAUCUCGAAAAAAAACGCACGAAAAACACAAAGAAAGAUUCCGAUUCGUCGAUGGAUGAUGAUAUGUCUUCAAAAAAUUCGAAAGGCUUAAAUAAACGAAAAGGAAAACAAACAAUCAAAGAAGAAUCUUUAAUGGAUUAUUUAAAAAAAAUAGAAAAUGGCGAUGUUUCGGUAACUGCAGAAAUGGAUUCUAGUUCCGACGAAUCAGUUCAUCGAAUAGAAAAAGUAGAAACUGUACCUAUAUCUAAUGAAGCUUUAAUAUCGGAAGCAAAUAGAAUCGCAAAAGAGAAUCUAUUAAAUUCCUCUGAUUCAAAUGAAAAAGAAGUAGUACCACUGGACAGCAAUGAUGAUAUAAAUAGUGAUGAUAAAAAUGAAAAGACAGAAGAAAAGAAAAAGAAGCACAAUAAGAAAUCUGAAGAGAAAAGUUUAAAGCAAGAUGAUGACAAGAAAGAGAAAAAUAACAAAAGCAAUUGGAGGCGAAAUAAGUUACUGACAAUGAGAUUAUCAGAUACUGAUUCUGAUGCUGAAAAACAAAAAUGGGAUAAGAAACAAGAAAAAAUGAAAAAGUCGGAAGGGAAUAAUAGCGAUUCCGAUGAUGAAGAAAAGCGGAUACAUAAGAAAAAGAAGACCAGGCGAAGAAUUAUAGAUUCCGAUUCGGAUGUCAUAAUAACGGACGGUAGUAUAGAUUCUGACAAUUCUUCGAGUGCCAAAGAAAAUUCAAACGAUUGGGAUGACACGGGAAAAGAAAAGGAAAAACUAAAACGGAAGAGACGCAAACGCGGCGAGAGCAUUUCGUCAGGCACGGAUUCUUCGCUUACAGAGAAGCCAAAACCAAAACGUAAGCGAAUCAAGAAAGUAGCAUCCGACAGUGAUAGCAGUGUCACAGAAAUAAAUAAUUCGCAAGAAUCCACACCUGGCAAAAAUGGUCGAAAAAAUAUACGAAAAGUUCUAAAAGAUAAACAAGUAGCGGAGGAUACAAAAUUAGCUGCUAAGGAAGAAGAGGAAAGGCUUAAACGUAUUGCUGAACGUCAAGCUGUGUACAAUGAAAUGUAUGAGAUGAGACUUGCUGGAGAGGAGAAAGUUGAAAAGCUUGUUUUGGACUUCGAUACGGAGACGAAAAAGGAGCUCGUUAGCGUGCACGAGGAAUUAGUGAAGCGUCUAAAACCGCAUCAAGCGCAGGGUAUCAAAUUUAUGUGGGACGCUUGUUUUGAAUCCCUAGAAAGAGUAAAGACUACAUCCGGAUCCGGAUGUAUAAUCGCGCAUUGCAUGGGUCUGGGUAAGACACUGCAGGUAAUCGCUCUGACGCACACACUUUUGUCUCACGAGGCGACAGGUGUUAAGACGGUACUGAUAGUUUGUCCGCUAAGCACAGUGCUCAAUUGGUUAAAUGAGUACAGAACGUGGUUGAAUGAUCUGGAUGAUAUCGAAGUAUAUGAAUUGACAAAAUAUAAAAAAAAUUUUGAAAGAAAGCAACAGCUACAGAGAUGGCAAAAGACCGGCGGUGUGAUGAUUAUCGGUUAUGAAAUGUUUCGUAAUCUUACGGGCGCUAAUAAAAAUAUCCGAAAGGGUAUGAAGGAAGUGAUAGAGGAAUGUCUGGUCGAUCCAGGCGCGGAUCUCGUUGUCUGCGAUGAAGGCCAUUUAUUAAAGAAGGAGGAUACUGCUUUAAGUAAAUGUAUGAGAAGGGUGAGAACUAUGAGACGCAUAGUACUUACAGGGACACCACUGCAAAAUAAUUUAAUAGAAUAUCAUUGCAUGGUACAAUUUGUUAAACCAAAUCUGUUAGGUACAAAGAAAGAAUUUUUGAAUAGAUUCGUAAAUCCGAUAACGAACGGUCAAUUUGACGAUUCUACCGCUUAUGAUGUUAAAUUAAUGAAAAAGCGAGCGCACGUGUUGCACAAAAUGUUAGAGGGUAGUGUACAGAGGUUUGAUUAUUCCGUGCUUACACCGUUCCUACCGCCUAAACAGGAGUAUGUUAUUUUUGUCAGAUUAACAGACACGCAAAUUAAAAUGUACCAAUAUUACUUGGAGAAUCUUGCGAGACGCUCCUCUGGUGCAGGAGGAACUCUUUUUGCAGAUUUUCAAGCGUUACAAAGGAUCUGGACGCAUUCCCUAGUUUUGCGUUUGAACGCAGAGAAGAUAGAAAAAGCAAAUGAGAAGAAAGAACUUUUGAGCGAGUCGGAAGGUUCAUUGAAAGAUUUUAUUAACGAUAGUAGCGACUCAGAACAGAACAACAGCAGCAGUUCGAGCAGUGACAGUGAUGUUGAAGCUAUCGAUGAUGCAAAAGAGAAUACAAAUAUUUCCAAGCGUAGAACAAGAAAUAAUCCUGGUGAAGAGGAAUCGGAAGAAGAGGUUAAAGAAGAGAGUCGAGAGGCAGAAUGGUGGUCGCAGUUUGUGCAGCCUGAGCAUUUCGAAGACAUGAGAGUAUCUGCUAAACUAUUACUUUUUUUUGGAAUUCUAAAUGAAUGUGAACAGAUUGGUGAUAAAGUGCUUUUGUUCUCGCAAUCUCUAUACUCUCUCACUUUAAUCGAGGAAUUUCUUCGAAAAAUAGACGAUCAGACUCAGAACGAUACAUCCUUGGAUACAUUGGAUAAUCAUACCGGAAGUUGGUCCUUAGGUCUUGAUUACUUUCGGCUUGACGGUCAGACAUCAGCCGAAAACAGAAAUAUGUGGUGUAAAAUAUUUAACAAACCCUCUAAUACGAGGGCGAGAUUGUUCCUUAUAUCCACGCGUGCCGGAGGAUUGGGAAUAAACUUAACCGCGGCUAACAGAGUGAUUAUAUUCGACGCCAGUUGGAAUCCCUCUCACGACGUGCAAAGCAUAUUUCGGAUAUACAGAUUCGGGCAAAAGAAGCCGUGUUAUGUAUAUCGAUUCCUGGCGGCGGGAACAAUGGAAGAGAAGAUUUACAAUCGUCAAGUCACUAAAUUAUCGCUCUCGUGUCGAGUUGUGGACGAGCAACAGAUCGAACGUCAUUAUAGCAAUCAUAAUCUAAACGAGUUGUAUAGUUUCGAAGGGUAUAGCGAUGCGGAGAAACCUACAUUAAAUUUACCUAAGGAUAGACUAUUAGCAGAAAUAUUCCUGAAAUAUAAGGAUGUCGUGGAAAAUUAUCACGAACACGAUUCUUUAUUAGAAAACAAGGCCGAGGAGGAAUUGGACGAGGAAGAACGCAAACAGGCUUGGUUAGAAUAUGAAGAGGAGAAGAAGGGAAAACCGCCGAUGAAUCCGAUGUUGAAUAUGGCUUAUCAAAAUAACAUGUUACUGCAGCAGUAUAAUAUGAUGAUGAACACUGGACAGACUGGUUUAAUGCCUCAAGAUAUGUCUAUCCAAGUGGAGUAUGAAAAUCUCCAACAGCUUAUUCGUAAAGAUUACCCCAAUUCAACGCCGGAACAACAAAAAAUAAUGACAAAUCGAGCCCUAUUGGAAAUGUAUAAUUAUUGGGAAAAACAAGCUACAUUAUACUCUAACCAACCUAUGAGAAAUCCAGCAACUACAUCGAAUUUUCAACAAAGGCCGAUGAUCGUACCACAUACUGCGAGUAACAGCAAACUCUUUUAUAAUAUAUAA